GUCCCAUAUCCGUCUCGCCACAGCAUCCAUUCUACUGCCAGCGCGUCUGCUUGCUUCUUUUGGCUAUCAAAUUGCGCAACCCUCGCUGCAGCCCGAUAAUCCCUAUGACCUCCGCCACAUCGUCAACAAGACAUCUGCCAAAGUCCAAAUUCCACCAGAACAUUGCUUCGACGCCAACAGAGAGCCGGAUUCCGAAAGUGCCAUUGCAUGAGGCCCCUCCUCAUGAAAACAUUCAUCUCGAAGCGGACGCACCUUCCUUCCUCCACCCAGGUCAUGUGAUUCCCCCUCGCAACUAUCCGGGCAUCGACACGCUCAUCAUCGUCUGCUGCCAUGCCAUAUUCCAUCCAGAUCCGAAUCAACCCAGCUUUCCUCUUUGCAGUCCAUUCGACGAGAAACACUGGCACCUGGCACCCUUCCAGAUGUCGAACCCCGUGACCGGCAAACCGGGAGAGCAUGAGACCUUCCUGGCGCAUAUAACAGCAGGAUUGGAUGCCCCCACGACAGGAUCCUGUGCAGCAAAAUCCCUUCUGGUAUUCAGCGGAGGUGCCACCAAACCGUCCCUGACUUCGCUCACCGAAGCUCGCUCCUACUACAAUGCAGCCUUGGCACUCGCACUGUCACGGGGCUCGAACGGGGGCGGCCACGCAAAAUCGUUAUUCGAUAAAGGCUGGAUACUGCUAGAAGAGUAUGCCACAGACUCCUUUCAAAACUUGUUGUUCAGUAUCCUCCGUUUUCGGCAAGCUACCGGCGCUUAUCCCAAGCAAAUACGCGUGAUAACGCAUGCUUUCAAGGCCAGGAGGUUUCUGGACUUGCAUGCGCCGGCCAUAGCAUGGCCAGCUGACCGUAUCAGAGUCCAAGGGAUUGACCCUGUCAUGUCUAGGAAAGAGUACGAGGAGACGUGUGCGGGCGAACGACGCUUUGGGUUUGAACCUUGGAAGCAGGAUCCUCUCGGACUCGGAGAGCUGCUGGGCGGAAAGCGGAUCCAACGAGGAUGGCGGCACAGUGCCGUGCAAGAACUCGGAGCGAACCUGGAGGAGAGCGUGCGGCAGUUGUUGGAGGGCAGGAUGGUAGACGAUCUUCCCUGGCGCGUCGUGGAGCCGCAGAAGAACAGCAUGGCCGAGGACUAAUCGGCGAAGUCGACCAACUUUGCAUUUCAGAACUCCAGGCUGCAUCCACGCACGUCGGAGCGAUUCACGUUCGUCCUGCUUUGCUUCCAUGAAUCUGGCUAUGCUGCCUCCGCAGCCAUGCUAGUUUUCGUCGCUCCACGUCUUUCACCGAAGCCCACUGCCUAGCAACGA